GGAACAGAUUGAAGCUGCUGAAACAGAUUAUGUCGUUUGUUAGCUCUUCCCCUCCUGAGGCUAGAAAAUGUAAGUGUGGUGUGCCAAUGGCCAAGCUCACUAGCUGGACAAGGGAGAAUCCAGGCAGGAAGUUCAUAUCAUGUAAGUUUUAUGACCCAAUAACUGAAACAAGGGGUUGCAAAGCUUUCGAAUGGGUUGAUCAACCUGAUGGAACAGAUUGGCAAACAGGGGUUAUCAACAACCUGUUGUUGGAUAAGAAGCUGCUAAAGGGUGAAGUUAAUGAAUUGAAAAGGGAAGUUGAUGAAAUCAGUGGCCAAAGGAGGUGCCUACUUAAUGAAGUUGAUAAUUUGAAGAUGAGAUGCAAGGCCUUGAACGCUGACAGGAAGAGAAUGAACAGGGAGUGCAAUGAAGGGAAGGUGUCUUCAAUCAGCUGUUUUGGUUGGGUGGGCAUGGCCAUUUGUAUAGGUUUGUCAAUGGGUGUAGUUUUCCUAAUGGCUAAGGGUGUGUAAUAGUAAGUUGUAUUAAGUAGUUAUAAUUUCUUGUAAUGACUUGAAGUGUUAUAAAUAUGUCUUUUAAUCAACCUAUUUAUGCCUUGUCUAAGUUGUUAAAUUGAGAAUGUUUAAACAUUGGAAAAGGAUUUAAACAUGUGAAACAUUAAAACAUGGGAAAUAUGUGAAACACUAAGAUAGUUCAAGUACAGGUUGACAAAAGAACCUUACUUCAACAUGUUUCAAUGGCAAUCAAAGCCAUGCAACCAUUACAAUUC